CACGGGGCUGCGCUGCAGCUGUGUGCCUGGGGGAUGAGCGCAAGCAGUCUGGCUGCUGGGGCCUGGCUUGGGUGUAAUCUUGUCAUUCAUUGAAUAAAUGAACUGCAAAGGUAACGGAAUAUUUAUGUAAAUUGUGUAUGUUGUGUUCAUACUUUUAAAUGCAGUGGUGUGUAGCUGUGUCAGUCCCUGGUUAUUAAAGAAACAACGUGGGUGAGGUAAUACUUUUUUUAUUGAACCAUCUUCUGUAGUAGCUUGAAGGCUUGUCUUAUCCACAGAAGUUGAUCCAAUAAAAGGAUACUACCUCACCCACCUUAUCUCUCUCAUACUUUUUAAUUGAAAAUAGUUAUUUUAAGUGCUCUUGCUGGGAAUUUUAUAUACGGGUUAUAUUAUUCACUGUAUCAACAUAACUGUAAAUUAAUAAUGUUUCUGCAUGGAAACUGCCUUAUUUUUAAAUGUAGAAAUGGGAGUGCCUCUGUUCCCCAGGGGAUUAUGCCUAGUUCUUAGAUUGUAUACCUAAAGUGAAGUUUUUCUUACCAUGCGGAAAAAUAGAGGUCGGACCGGUAGAAAGAGAAGAAGAAAACAAUUCAGCAGUUUGCCUUCAAAUGGAGUAAACCAGAGUCACAUACUGGAAUAUAUACAGCUUAGGAAGUGGCUGAAAGAGAGGGGGUUUAAUGACCGUAAUUUAAGACCAGCACAGUUUUCAGAUACAGGAAGAGGUCUAAUGACCACAAAAGCCUUUCAGGCAGGGGAACUGAUUAUUUCAUUGCCGGAGAAAUGCUUGCUCACCGCUGGUACUGUCUUUAGUAGCUACCUUGGGGAAAACAUUGCAAAGUGGAAGCCUCCCAUAUCUCCUUUGAUAGCACUGUGCACAUUUUUAAUAGCAGAGAAAUAUGCUGGUGAGCAAUCUGUGUGGAAGCCUUAUCUUGAUGUUUUACCAAAGACCUAUACAUGCCCUGUUUGUUUGGAUCAAGAAGUAGUGAGACUUCUUCCUGAGCCCUUAAGAAGGAAGGCUCAGGAGCAAAGAACAAUGGUCCAGGAACUGUAUACCUCUUCCAAGUCUUUUUUCUCUUCUCUGCAGUCUUUGUUUACUGAGAAUGUAGCAACUGUUUUUAACUACGAUGCUCUGCAGUGGGCUUGGUGCACCGUUAAUACUAGAACAGUGUACAUGAAGCAUUCACAGAGGAAAUGUUUCUCUAGAGAGCCAGAUGUUUAUGCACUAGCGCCUUAUUUAGAUCUGCUAAACCACAGUCCAAAUGUUCAGGUAAAAGCUGCAUUUAAUGAGCAGACGAGAUGUUAUGAAAUCAGGACAGAUUCACAUUGGAGAAGAUAUGAAGAACUGUUUAUCAGUUACGGCCCUCAUGAUAACCAGCGACUUCUGCUAGAAUAUGGAUUCGUUGCCAUCAACAACCCACAGAGUGGGGUUUAUGUCUCAGCAGAUAUCCUUCUUAAACAUCUCUUUUCAGCAGACAAGCAGAGAAAUAUGAAGCUUUCCAUUCUAAAGGAUCAUAACUUGUUAGAAAAUUUGACAUUUGGAAGAGAUGGGCCAUCAUGGAGACUCCUCACAGCUCUCAAGUUGUUAUGUCUUGGAGGAGAUGAAUUUACCUACUGGAAGAAAGUCCUGCUUGGUGAUAUAAUUUCAGCCAGAAAUGAAGAGAGGAGUUUGAACAUAGCGGCAAAAAUAUGCUUUUCUUUAAUAGAGGAGACACAGCAGGUCCUUCACCAGAUCUGCUUCCUGUGGGUGUCCAAGGCAGAUCUGCAAACUUCAGUACCACUCUUAUAUUUUUACUACAUUUUACAACUGUCAGUGAUGCAGAACCAAUAUAGAUUUGGGGGAAGCGAGCUAUAUUCUAUUCUGACUUGCUCAGCAUCAGCAGAACAGUUAUAAAGUCCCAAAUACAGAGCUGCAUUCUGCCUUCAGUUAUACUUGUGCAACUACAGAGAAGACAAUAGGUCUACAUAGGUGUAACAGCAGCAGGAGCAGAAUUUUCAUUGCUGGUGGCAAUACAUAAGGCAAGAAAUAACCCAGCUUGACUCUCAGAUCCUAAGAUGCAGAGCUGGCAUUUAGGGGGGAAGUGUUGUUGUUUUUUUGUCAGCUGAACAAAUGAAAUCUGGAGUCACUGAAAAAUUAUAAACAUGGCGCCCUACAAUGUCAUCUAACCUGAGUCACUUUUUAGAGUAGAACAUCACUUUAAAGUGAACAUCCUAUGGAUUUUCCUUGAUCUCUUCUGGUGAGUGGCUUCUCGUUUUCACAUUUCUUCAGCGAUAGGGUGGAGAUCAUAAUUUCCUAGUAUUUUUAGACCUAACUGAUCAGAACAAGAUAAGAUAGCAUCAGCUCUCAAGCCCUGUUAAUUAAAGUUUUAAGUACAGUAUGAAAGCAUUUAAAAAUGACACUCCCUAAGGAAGAGAUCUUUAAGUGAUUCUCCAAGGAUGCAUUGCCCCUCUAAGGUUGAACACUCCCUGCAAAUAUAAAAUCUUUUUGAAGAAGGUCCUUGGGAAUUAUCUGAAGUGAUUGCAAGCAUACAGUGCAUCAAUAAUUACAAAUGAACAUCAUAAACAGAAUGCUGGGAAGGGUUUGCAAUAAAUUCUGCCUGGUUUGUUUAAUUACACAGUACACUUGGACUAAGUUUGCUGAACACUUUGCAACCUAUCCUUGUGUUCAUGUUUGCAGAAAAAUUGUGUGAAAUUCAUAGUGUGUCAUCGUUUCAACAUGAAACCAAGAGAAUCUUGGCAUUUGUGACUGAUUUUAGUCAGAUCGAAAACCCAAACUCAGAUGAUGUGACUUCACAGACUAAAAUGGAAAGAAAUCCUCACAUAAUUCCCAUGAAUUUUAUAUUUUAAUAUUCUUUAGAAUGUCUAAAACCCUGGAAAGAAGUUCUAUAUUAUUGUCCAUUUGUAUUCUAUAUUGCCAUAAUGCCUUGGAGCCCUAGUCACGGACCAGGACCCCACUGUGCUAGGUGCUGCACACAGAACAAAGAUACAGUCCCUACCCCAAGGACCUUACAAUCUGCAUAGAGAAAAUAAGCUGACAGCUAAAUACGGGCAGAUGACGGAAUACUAGGAAACCGAGGCAAUACUGUGCAAAUAGACAACAUAGUCAUGGUGGGGGAAGGGGUAGAACACACAAGGAGAGUGAACAGUGUGAUGGUAGCAAAUGACGGAGGUUAGUUCCAUAAGUUUUUGAACGGAGACAAGUUGGUGCAUUUACUCUGGAGGCGAUCAGCUAAAUGGACAGAGAAGGGAAGGAGAGAGUAGAAGGGGCAGGUGUUGAGAGGCUGAGGUGAAGAGACCUGCAGAGGGAAGGGGAGGGUUAGAGUGAACAGCCAUUCAGCACAGGACACAGAAUCAGAGAACAUUCUCAUUUUGACUGGAAUGGCCAGAGAUUCCUACUUUGCCAUUAGUCAUAAUAUACCAGUAAGCAAAGAAUUAAUGUGAAACACAGUUUCUCAUUUAUUGUUUCUGCUAACCAUACAAUGUGCUAAGUUCAGAACAAACACAAAGGUAUUCGGAAACAUAAUACUGAUUGAACUGCAUGAAAUUAGUGUAAUUUCUGUAGAUGUCCACUAGAUGAUGCAAAUGUACUGCAGAAAGAUAGGAAACUACAUUAAGCAAGAAAUAUUUACAUUUGCUGUAUUUUAUAGUUCAAUAUAAGGGAGAGAGUAGCAUUUUUUCAAUGGGCCAUGGUUAUUAUUUGAUUUCUAUAGUUAAGAAAAAUAUCCAUUUGUUGAAUUGCUUUUAGGAUCAAGUUACAAAGUUUAUAUUCUAGUCUGCUGCAACGUUGGUUCCAGGAUACUAGAGAGGCGUGUGCGAGGUACACAGAAGAAUCUUGUCUCUUCCACCGCUAGAAGUUGUCACCUCAACCACCUUGUCAUUUUAGUCCUCUGCAUUUAGAAUAAGACAGAAGCAAAAUCGUUUGAAGGAACUUUCUCUCUUACUGGGCAUGUUUCCAUCUUUUUUCUGUUUUAUCUAUCUUUUUUGUAGUAGCCUCCCCAAAUUUAGAGUAUAUCUGAAACUCCAGUCCAAGACACGAACACAGACCUUGGGUGAAUUCUAGUCUCAUGCUAUUCUGGUUCAACCCCAUUGACUGAGGUCUGGUCUACGCUACAGAAUUCGCUUGAUACAAGGCAGCAAAAGUUGACCUAACUCUAACUCUAAAAUUUCACUCCUGCCAACCUAACUUCCCUGCUAUGAUAAUAACUCCACCUCCAUGAGAGGUAUAGAGUCAAUGUCAAUGUAGUUAGGUCAACACAAUGU